GAAGUCCAAGGGAAAGCCAAAUGGUAAAAAGCCAGCACCGGAAGAGAAGAAACUUUACCUAGAGCCAGAAUACACAAAAUCCAGAAUUACUGACUUCGAAUUUAAGGAGCUAGUGAUGUUACCACGAGAAAUAGACCUCAAUGAGUGGCUAGCCAGCAACACAACAACUUUCUUUCAUCACAUCAACUUACAGUAUAGUACAAUCUCAGAAUUCUGUACAGGAGAGUCAUGUCAGACCAUGGCAGUGUGCAAUACGUAA